UCAACCAUGAAAGGUUUGCUGCUGCUGCUAUUUUCCAGCACGAUUUUCCUGCUCCAAGGAGUAUGUGACUGCCCAGAGAAGUGCUUCUGUCACCCAUCCUCAAACUCUGUGGACUGUAGCAGCCAGGGUUUAGCUGAAAUUCCUCCUAAUCUGCCUCCUCAGACACUAAUCCUGCACUUACAGAAUAACCAGAUCCAUCAGCUUUCAGCUCUUGCAUUUAGGUCAGUGCCACGACUCAUAAUCCUAAAUUUAUCCAACAAUUCCCUUUCAAAUCUGGCCCCUGAAGCUUUCAAAGGUCUUCAGGACUUGCAAGUUCUAAACCUAACUCAGAACUCCUUGCUUUCUCUGGAAAACAGCCUCUUCCAUGCACUCCCCCAAUUGAGGGAGUUAGAUUUGUCAUCCAACAACAUAAGUUAUCUUCCUGCAUCCCUGGGCAAGCCUUGGGAGAACCUAACCAUGCUUGCAGUGCAACAAAACCAGCUUCAGCACUUGGAUCGUGAGCUCCUGGAAUUCAUGCCCAGAGUGAAGCAGUUACUUCUCAAGGACAACAUCUGGAAAUGCAAUUGCCACUUGCUGGGUCUGAAACUCUGGCUGGAGAAAUUUAUCUAUGAAGGAGGAAUAACAGAUGGUGUCAUCUGUGGGUCACCUGACACCUGGAAAGGAAAGGAUCUUCUUAUAAUCCCUCAUGAGCUGUACCAGCCCUGUGCUCUUCCUUCUCUAGAUCUGGGGUACUCACAGAAUCAGCAGCCUAACUCUGCCUAUGGAGGAGAAGACACAAAGCCUCCUGAGAACCACAACUCAGGGCAUCACAUUCCCUUGGAGUGUGAAGCCAAACCCAAGCCCAGGCCAGCCAACCUGCGUCAUGCCAUGGCUACUGUUGUCAUUACGGGAGUUGUAUGUGGAAUCGUGUGUCUCAUGAUGCUGGCAGCAGCCAUCUAUGGCUGCACCUAUGCAGCUAUUACAGCCCAAUAUCAUGAUGGAUCCUUGGCCCAAACCAGUGAGUCUGGGAAGACAGGAGGAAAGGAGAUGCUUGAAAGCUCAACAGCCUGAGAGCUUUCAUCUCAAAGAGAUCAGUGUAGGAGUGGGACCCAUAUGUUUGCCAUUGUGAUUUCAUUCUGCUGCUUUCCAAAAGAAGGAAGAAAAAUUAAUAUGUGUCUGUGAAAA